AUGAUUCAUGAAAUGGAGACUUUCGCCGCCCGUCUGGCCAGCUUCGACCUGGUUCUCCAUCCAGAAAGACGGCGGACAUCAAGCGCAAAAGCCGUGAAGCCCAUUUCCUGGCCGCAUAGCAGGCCCUCACCAGCUGAUCUUGCGCACGCAGGCUUCUACUACAAUCCAUAUGAGACGAACCCGGAUAAUACGACAUGUUAUUUGUGUCAGCGCGCGCUCGAUGGAUGGGAAGCGGAGGAUAACCCGGUGACGGAGCAUCUUAAGCAUUCCCAAGACUGCGGAUGGGCUAUCAUGAUGGACAUUGAGCAACAUAGCUCGAAUCCCGCGGAGAUUGAGGACCCAACAAGCGACAACAUAGCACGGGCAAGACAAGCCACUUUUGGUGAACAGUGGCCUCACGAUGGGAAGCGGGGAUGGGUUUGCCAGUCUGAAAAGAUGGUGGAAGGUGGUUGGUACUUCUGCCCGACUGAGGAGAGCAAUGAUUUAGCCAGUUGCGCUUAUUGUAAACUGUCCCUGGACGGCUGGGAACCCAAGGAUGAUCCCUACGAUGAACAUUACCGACGCUCAGCCGAUUGUUCUUUUUUCGUCUUUGCACAGCCCCCCGGCAAGAAAUCGAAAGGAUCCCGAUCGAAGAAAUCGCGUGUCUCCAAGGCUUCAUCGCGCCUCUCAACUCAGUCUACAGUCUCUGAAGCACCCACAGUCGGGCUUGACGAUCCGAUGGACGGAGAUGAGAUACCUCAGCCAGUGGCCAAGACGAAAACAACGAAGAAGUCCUCCAAGUCUAAAUCAAAGAGCGCCAAGUCCAAGAAAGAUGACGCAGUGGACGUUGACAGCCAGAUGGAUGUGGACCCCGCCGAAUAUGUCGAGCCCGAGCAGCCGAAAUCGAAGCGAGCCAUCAGAGGCAAGAAGAGAACGAGCGAGGAAAUGGACAGAGACGAGUCGAACAUUGUGAUUCCCGAAACCGAUCGCCAUUCCGAACCGCCCGCUAAGGAGAGAGCAACCAAAUCACGCAACAGUACCGCUCAGCGAGAGGAGAGCGUUCAGAGAGACACCACCCCCACUGGUGAGCGCGAGGAGGAUGACAGGAUUUCCCGCGAAGAGGAAUCCAAGAAGGGCCGCACUACUACUAAGAAAAAGACAUCUUCUAAAGCUCGUAAGGUGUCAGAGACCUCAUCCCUGGCAAAGGCAGCUCUAGAAACCCAUGUAUCACAAGACUCUGAGAUUGACGCGGUGAUUGAGCCCAAUCUCGACAGGGUUGAGGCGAUGACCGAAGCAGCUCCUGCAGAGACACAACCGCUCCCGAAGAAAUCCAAAUCCAGGAAGAAAGCCAAGAAGACAGUUGAAGAGUCUCCCAAGGCGUCCUAUGAUGCCGUUGAUCAAUCUAUGGAGCAGCCGGUACCCUCGGAUGACGAUGAAUUUGUCUACAAACGAUCAAUCGAAGCUGAAAUACCGCUCGAAAAACCAAACUCUACUAAGUCUACAACCAAGUCAAAAUCCUUAAAAGAAACAAGGGAAUCCGAAGACAAAGUUUCCGAGCAGCCUAAACGUCGCUCAAAGUCACGCAAUGACACUGCAGAUGAUGAGCCUGAUCGCAGACAUGAAUCUUUUUUGUCUGUGGAGAUCACGACGAGAAAUACAGGGCUAGAUGUCAAAGACCAACCAACGGACGACGAGCCGCAGGUGAAGAAAGCAAAGAAGAAGUCCUCAACAGGUAAGACCAAGAAGACUAGUCAGGUCGAGGACUCAAACUCUUCCAAGGGUGAAAGCCGUGCGAGCGAGAGGUCGGAAACAAGAAACAGCCUCAAAAAACAGACAUCCCCACAACCAGACGAGCCUGUACCCGAACAACUCAUCGAGCAAGAUGCGCAAGAGUUGGAACAUCAGCCAGAGCAGGAGAUCGAGUCGGAGCAAGAACAGGAGCCGGAUUUCGCGCCAUCGCCGUCGCCAGAGCGAGAGCCACAGCCAGAGCAUACACCAGAUCUCAGCCAGUCGUCUGCCCGUCGCCGCUCAUCUAAAGUACCACCCAAGACAGUCGAAAGAUUUAGUGAUAUUUCGCAGGACAAACAAUUUGCAAAAUCCAUUGCGGAGACACGGACGCCGAAUUCCAACAAGACACCGCGGACUGGGGUGCACGUUGGGAUCCAGCGAAACGAUACCGUGUCCCCCCUUCCUUCCACAUCGAAGAGCACGCCUUCCUUGUCGCCGCAGUCCUCUGAUGCUGAAAACAAACCCCCCACUGUGAACCGAUCAGUAGCACGAGCUCCUCUAUCGUCGCCAUCCAAAGAGAAAGCAGUUCGCAUUCCUCUGGCGGCUAGCACACCCUCGCCAUCGAAGCGAAAUGCAAAUACCGGGCUAUUGAAGAGCGUACACCCAUGGACUCCUGUCAAUAUCGAUGAAGUCCUCUAUGCAUCAAUGAGCGAUAAAGAGAACACCGAUGUUGGAGCUGGUCUCAACAUCCUGAAAGGCGACCUUACUAGCCCUGAGAGGAAGAUGACAGUCGAAGAAUGGAUUUUCUGGAACGCUAAGAACGGCGAAGAGAAGCUCAAGCGUGAAUGCGAAAGACUGGUUACUCAAUUUGAGAAGGAAGGUGCUCGAGCGAUGCACGCACUGGAAGGCAUUGAAUGUAUUGAUUGA